AUGUCGGACGAGGAGGAUGCGGGCGGAUAUAGACCGCCGACGCCCCCGCCUCAGAGUCACGGGCAGAAGCGGCCCCCGCCGCAGAAGAGGCAUUCGCAGCAGCAGUACUCGCCUGUGCCUCCGCCAGCACCGACGCCUUUACAACCGCGGGAUUCGUUCAAGCCUGCCAGGGUUGAGAAACGGGAGCGAGAGAGGGACUUGCCGAGGGGGGAUCGAUAUAUCCCCCGGGACCGCGACAGAGACCGGGAUCGAGAUCGGGACAAGGACGACGACAGAGAAAGAGACAGAGACAGGGAGAGUCCUCGCCGCGAAAGGGACUUACCGACCAGCCGUGACAGAGAUUGGGACAGCGAGAGCCCGCGGCGUGAAAGAGAGAGCCCGCGACGUGAAAGAGAGAGCCCGAGACGUGAGAGAGACGUCCCAAGAAGCCGCGAUAGGGACUGGGACAGGGAAAGCCCACGGCGCGAAAGAGACGUUCCGAGGAAUCGCAAUAGGGAUUGGGAUAGGGAGAGUCCGCGCCGCGACAGAGACCGCGACAGGGACAGCCCGAGGGAUCGCGACAGAGAACGGGACAGUCCGCCGCGGGACUUGAAGAGGCACAGCGUCGCGGUAGACCCCUCGCACCUCCGACGACCAACGGCGCCGCCGGCGAAUGAGAGCACCCUCCACCACAACGGUAGCAAACGACAGAGCAUCACGGAGCGGCUUAUGAGCACGUGGCAGGCGCGCAAGGGAGGUGAGCCGCCGGCGGGGAAUUCCCUCACGGCUCCCUCCCGGCGCGCCUCGUCCGCCUCCACGGCCGUGGGCAGGUUCAACCCCAUCGCCCGCGUGCGCGAGUGGCUCGACACGUGCAACGCGGAGCACGGCGACCACUGCUCCGGCCCGCCGGGGGAGACGUGGCGGCCGCUGUGGCUGAUCGACUCCGUCAACCGGUGCCUUGUGAGGGCGCGGGCGACGGACCGGUAUAUCGCGCUGAGCUACGUGUACGAGCCGCCGCUGCCGAGCACGAGGGGCCCCGUGGAGACGUUGAGGGAGAACCUGGACAUGCUGACGGCGAGUCUGGACGAUGCGGAUAUACCGCAGACGAUCCUGGACGCGAUGUGGUUGGCGAGGAAGGUCGGGGUGAAGUACCUGUGGGUGGACCGGUUCUGCAUUGUGCAGGAUGACGACGUGGAGAGGGAGGAGUACGUGAAGAAUAUGGCGUACGUGUUUGCGAAUGCGUACCUUACGAUUGUGGCUGCGGCAGGGGACGCGGAGAGCGGACUGAAUGGGCUGGUGAGGCGGACGCCAGCAAAGGCGCCGCCAGGAAAGAUGAAGCAUGAGGAUUUGAUCCUCGGGUCGAGGUGGGCCACACGGGCGUGGACGGUGCAGGAGGGUAUGUACUCGCGGAGGAAGGUGUACGUGUUCGAGGAGACGGUGACGUGGGAGUGCCAUUGCGAGGUGUGGCAGGGGGCGCCCGGGGCUGGGGGCCGGUUCAGCAAGAUACUAAAAGGGGGCAACAAGAACGCGCCGUGCCUGGCCCGGACGUUCCCUGCGGCGACGGGAUUCCUGCACCCCGUGUGGCCCGACAUGGACGAGUACGCGCGGAUUGCGAUGGACUACAGCUCGAGACGGGUGACGCUCAUGUCCGACACGACGAGGGCCCUGCGGGGCAUCACGACGGUCAUGUCCAAGUCCUUCGCGGGCGGGUUCGUGUUCGGGAUGCCGGUGUGCUUCCUGGACAUCGCCAUGCUGUGGCAGCCCCGCGCGAUGAUUAGGAGGAGGAUGAUGGUGCAGCCCGUCACGGGGAUGAACCCGCUCCCGAGCUGGAGCUGGCUCGGAUGGCACUACGACGGGGUUCCCGCGGACAUGUCGCUGUGGAGGGCGGCGGCGGAUUACGUGCAGGACGCGCCGCCGGUCUCAGGAGGGGGCCGAAAGGAGAAGCGGUUCAAGAGCCCGUACGCGUUCCGGCUGAGGCCGUUGGUCAGCUUCGAGCUUACGGACCGGGCGACGUACACGCGGCUGCCGAACGAUGGGCUGAUGUUCCGUGACCGGCGGCACCGCAGGACGCAGCCGUUGCCGGCGGGGUGGUCGAGGAGCGGCGGUGGCGGGUUUCGGUAUGCGGGGGAUCCGGAGUGUGUUUUCCGGUACCCGGUGCCGGUGGGGGAGAUGAACGGGCCGGACGCGGCAGCGGUGCCGUUAGGGGAUUACUCGAUGAACGCGACGCUACUAUCGUUCAGCACCACGGUGGCCUACCUGGAGGUCGACUUUGCGAUGGCGAGGAACGCUGCGCCGGUGGAUGGCAAAGGUGCCGCCGCCGCCGCCGCGGGAGCUGCUGUCAAUGGUGCUUCCGCCGUGGGAAUCGCUGGGCCCGGCAGGGGAUAUGGCGUGCCGCUUGCGAUCGGGAACAUCUGGUCGCGGACGGGCAAGUGGUGCGGGAACGUGACGGCGCACGACAGCUGGCUCGGCCUGCAGGGGGCGAACCACACCGGGGAGGAGAAGUUGGAGUUCAUUGCCGUGUCGACGGCGAGCGAGAGGGGCGGGAGCCACGUGUUUGAUAUCCAGGCGUUCCGGGACAACAUGGACGAGGACGAGAUUGUGGACUUUGUUAAUGUGCUGUGGGUUGAGAGGGUGGGAGCGAGUUUGGGAUGCGGUUGCGAGGGAUCGGGUUGA